ACCUUUCCCAAACAGAAGGCACCGCGACCACUCAUUUUGAACGCUCCAUGCAGGCCCCAGGGGCAAUCCCGCCCGCUACUCGUGUCGUUACUGACCGGGCUGUUGUUUGGAUCUAGCCUCUUUUGCAGCUGGAAACUACUGCGGAGAGGAUCAUCGUGGCGAACGCGUGGAGUGCAGCAGAAGGAUCGUGAUGAGGCUUAGGUGUUCACGUGCAUUGCUUGCUGUUCAGCUGUCAUGGUGCAGUACAGCAAAUGUGCCAUGGUUGCUGUAUGUCCCUGUUGCGCAUGUGUACCGGAUUCCGAGCAGCGAGUUGGCGUGUUUCAAACUUGGGGCUGCCCCAGUCCUAUUCACGUGCUCCUUACCCGCAAUCUCACGAAGACGAUACAGUACUAGGGCGCUGGAGAUGUGCCUUGGGCGGCAGCAACUCACAACCCAUGGAGUUCCUCCAGCUAUACUCUCUGCUUGUCAAAAAUGUAGCCUUGUAGUUUGAACAUUUGCUGGAGAACGGCGAUGCUUACACACUGUGCGCGGCAAUAAAACACAGUCGUGAUGGGUGCAGCAUUGAUAAAGCAUU